AAAACCCCUAAAACGUAAUCUCAAAAUUUCUACCAAGAACACUCACACACGCUUGGUUUAUUGAGUCGAAAUCGACAAAUCUUGACGUAAAUCUGAUGAUUCUUCAACGUUCGAUUCCGAUUUUCAGUUUCUGCAAAUUAACUUCAUUGUCGUCUCCCAAAUUCCUGUUCUUACCUUUCAGCUUAUCAUCAUCGACUUCCUGUUCACCACACACGUCUCGAUUCCACCACCGGCCGCGCGGCCGAAUUAGGACCUUUUCCACCGCCGUCUCCGUCAAUGAAAAGGAAAGCGAUACCUUCUUUGCCGAUGACACUGUUUCCUGGAGUUCCCUAGGGGUUGUUGAUAGACUUUCUCAAGCUCUUUCUAGAAUUGGCCUCAAUCGUCCUUCUCUGGUUCAGGCCGUGUCUUUACCUCCUAUACUCCAUGGAAAUGAUGUUGUGGUUGCAGCUGAGACUGGCAGUGGCAAAACUCAUGGCUAUCUUGUUCCACUGUUCAAUAAACUAUGCACAACAACAAACGAUUCAGUUGACACCGAUCAGCAACUGAAUCGGCCUCAUAUGUCUCUUGUUCUUUGCCCUAAUGUCAUGUUAUGUGAGCAAGUCGUUCGAAUGGCCAACUGUAUCUGCAAUGAUAAUGGUGAACCACUUUUUCGAGUUGCAGCUGUCUGUGGACGCCAGGGCUGGCCAGUUAAUGAACCCAACAUAAUCGUGUCAACACCUGCAGCUCUUCUGAAUUUCCUUCAUGCCAUUGAUCCAGAAAGGAGGCGUCGUGCUAAUUUCAUUCGUGAUGUUAAACAUGUGGUUUUUGAUGAAGCUGACAUGCUUCUUUGUGGGAGUUUCCAAAACCAAGUUAUUCGCCUCAUAAACAUGUUCCGUUUUGAUGAAAAACUCUUGUCACGUGCAAAAAAUUCUUCACCUGAGAAGCCAUUGGAUAUAGAAUCUGAAUCCAAUAUGCUAUUUGAAGACUGGAAAAGAUACAGAGAGAUAUACGAAAGAAGCAAACAAUACAUAUUUGUUGCAGCAACACUUCCUGAAAAUGGAAAAAGAACAGCUGGAGGUGAACUCAAACGAUUAUUUCCAGAAGCCACAUGGGUUAGUGGCCAUUAUCUUCAUCGACACAAUCCAAGAUUAGAGCAAAAGUGGAUUGAAGUUACAGUUGACACACAAGUGGAUGUACUUAUAGAUGCAAUCAAUCAUAAAUCCAAGACAUUAAAUUCCAAUAAUGAAUUGAGUAGAACAAUGGUGUUUGCAAAUACAGUUGAGGCUGUUGAAGCUGUUGCCCAAGUUUUACAUGGAAAAGGCAUUGAAUGUUAUUGUUAUCACAGUGAAAGCUCUUUAGAAGAACGCACAAGAAAUUUGAUUGAUUUUAAAGAAAAAGGUGGUGUUUUUGUUUGCACUGAUGCUGCUGCACGUGGCACUGACAUUCCCAAUGUCUCACAUGUUAUACAGGCAGAAUUUGCAACAUCUGCUGUAGAUUUCUUACACAGGGUGGGUCGAACAGCUAGAGCGGGUCAACCGGGCCUGGUCACAAGCAUGUACAAUGAGUCAAACCGGGAUCUUGUUUCUGCAGUUUGUCAAGCUGAGAACCUCUGUGAGCCUGUGGAAAAGGCAUUUAGUAGGAAACGAAGCUUCAGGAAGAAACUAAAGAAGCAAGGUAGGAUUGGAAGUAAUACAGUGCACAUUCAAGAUAGAUUAGCAGUUUAAAACAUGAUGAAGCAUAAAACAUUCUGGAAAUUCAGUAAAUAGGUACACACCCGGAGCUUUUGAGAAGACAGCCUAGUGCCGCGCUGCGACUUUUGUCUUUUACUGUACCUACUUUUGAUGUCGAAUAUCUAAUGUAUAAAGACUUAUGUAAAAACUUAUACAUUAUUAAUGCAAUG